AAAUCGCCAAGUUACGUCAUCAAUACAUGAGCAAUACGUCAUUAAUGCGUCAACAAUGAAUCGGCUGAUCAUUUAUUCGUUCCCUUUCUCAUUACAUUUAAUUCGAAAAAAUAAACUGAAACGUAUAUAAAAUAUAAUAAUGAAAAAGUUCAAUUUCUAUUGACUAUUUUUUUUAAUAAUUUAAAUAUUUGGCGAUCAUUUCGGUACAGGGAUUUUUGUCUUGUACCCAGCUAACGGAAAUGGAUCAACACUCUUCUAACUUUUUAGUAGAAAUGAGAAACUUCAUAAAAAUAUCUGGAAUUCUAUGAGAAGAGUUUCUCUCGUAUUGGAUAUGAAAGAAAUAAUAAAAAGGAGUACACGAAAGAAAAAUAAAACGUCAUUUCGACAAGUCACCACGUGAUCAAGUCACCAAGUCGUCAAGAGCAAUGCAUUUUAUUUAAAAUUUGAAUUAUCUAUAGUCUCUACUCCAGUUAAAAAUAUAUAUAUAUACAUAAAUGGUUGGUGAACUAAAUGGAUAAAAUGAAUUGUGUUACUUAUUUCACUACGUUACUCUUCUGCCUAGGUUUUUUACAAUCACUAUCUUCAACACCACUGACGGUUGAACCAACCAUUAUAAAUCUAAAUAAUAGUUUAUGGAAUGGAACUGAUGAACGAAAUGCAUAUACAUUGUCAACUUCUGCUGGCAUCAAUCUGACACAAAUUCCAGUUCCAACCACGUCGGAAUCAACACCUCCUAUACCACCUGAUGGCUACUGGAAUGUAACAGAUGGAAAUAUUACAUGCAUUAGAGCUCAUUUAAAAAUACGAUUUAAAAUAAAUUCUGAAAAUGAAACUAGAUAUUUGGUUCUACCACCAAAUGCGGAUUCAAGCCAAAGCAGUUGCGGAUCAUCCCAAGCAGAUCAAAUUCUAUUAUUACAAAUUGAUGAAGAGUUUGACUUAGCUUUCACAUUUAAGAAGGAUUUAAAAGAACAUUAUGUGCUGGAAAACAUUACUUUUACCCUUUAUUCUCAAGAGGGCACAAAUCAUUUCUAUAAUGAUAUUAAAUUGUUUUCUGUUCAAAAGCAUUAUUCAUAUUGGUGUAGGAGUUUGAUUACUGUUUCCAUGAAAAAUGUAUCGAUGGAAAGUUUUGAAAUGCACAUUCAAGCUUUUGGUGGUUCUGAGAAAGAUUUUUCACAGGGUACGUAUUUUAUUUUAUUUUAUAAAGAUCGUUGAAAGGUCGACCCAGUU